AUGCUUGCUAACAGGAGCGCCUGUAUAAAACCUGUAGUGCGAUCUCAUCCCGCCUUUCACAUCCAUAUUCUGCCCGACGACGAUGAUGAGGAUGAUGAAGACGAGCAGCAACACGAGGAUGCAGCAGAUGGCAACGGCGAGCAUGGCCGCGUGUUCGCCCAGCUUGGCGGGGCCCCGUGCGGCGCAACGCGCCGCGGU